GAAGCAUCUGCGAAGGUCAGCUCGCUUUCCCUCCUCUUCUCUCCAAAUCGCUCACUUGGAUUGCCCACGGGCAAGAACCCUAUAAAUGCGGCUUCUUGGGUGAGUUCGAUCCUGUCCUACUCUCUUUCCCCGACGUGCAUCGAGAGGGAUUUUAACUUCAAGUUCAAUUCAGCAAGCACUGAUCAUAAAAGCAUGGAUCAGUAUGAGAUCUUAGAGCAGAUUGGUAAGGGAACGUUCGGGUCAGCCUUUCUAGUGAGACAUAAAAUUGAGAAGAAGAAGUAUGUUUUGAAAAAAAUUCGUCUUGCAAAACAGACUGACAGGUGCCGCAAGUCUGCCUAUCAAGAGAUGGAGCUGAUUUCCAAGGUCAACAAUCCAUUCAUUGUAGAACACAAAGAAUCCUGGGUUGAGAAGGGUUGCUAUGUGUGUAUCGUGGUCAGUUACUGUCAAGGGGGAGAUAUGGCUGAAGCUAUAAAAAAGGCCAAUGGAGCUCUUUUCUCAGAGGAGAAGCUUUGUAAAUGGCUUGUUCAGCUAUUAAUGGCUCUCAAUUACUUGCAUACAAAACAUAUUCUGCAUCGUGAUGUUAAGUGUUCAAAUAUAUUUCUUACAAAAGAGAAAAACAUUCGCCUCGGUGACUUUGGUCUUGCUAAAGUUUUGACCUCAGAUGAUCUAGCCUGCUCUCUUGUUGGGACUCCAAGUUACAUGUGCCCUGAGCUUCUUUCUGAUAUACCUUAUGGUUCUAAGUCUGAUAUCUGGUCUCUCGGUUGUUGUAUCUAUGAGAUGACUGCCUUGAAGCCAGCAUUCAAGGCCUUGGAUAUGCAAGCUCUAAUAAACAAAAUUAACAAAUCCAUAUUGACUCCUCUACCGACUACUUAUUCUGGUGCAUUUCGCGGGCUCGUAAAAAGUAUGUUGAGGAAGAACCCAGAGCAUAGACCGAGUGCUGCUGAACUGCUCAAACACCCUCACCUGCAGCCAUAUGCUGUUGGAGUCAAUCGAAAUUCCAUUCCUACGCGGAAUACUUUUCCUAUCCUGCAAGAGAUAAACAAUCAUUCGAACAAAAUUGUGCUUCCAGAUGCCAAAGAUGACUCCCCAUGUAAGGGCAUGGAGGCAAGGAAAUCAUUCGGCUACGAGAAAAGGAAUCCUAAUACGUCCGCGACCACCCAACAAUACUCUGAUAGUUAUACCAUGUCCAAUAAAAGCUUUCCAAAUUAUCGAAUAACACAACCUCAAACUGGAGAAAUAGGUGUGGGUAAAGCUACCUGUGAGAAUCACUCUGCUAUUGCAAAGACCUGCAGAUAUGCUCACUUCUCAACUACUCAAAGGAAAAUUGUGGAGUCAUUAAAAUCGCCGCAUACUGAACGGGAUGGCGAACUGCUUUUGUCGACAAUGCGAGCAGAGAGCGAUGGAAGAGUAUCUUCCUUUCCAAAGUUUGAGAACCCCUGUGAAAGAAAAGUCACCAUUAUCGACCAUGUGGAAUCCCCUAAUAUUUCGGUAAAUUCCCCUCGAAUAGACAGAAUAGCUGAAUUUCCAAUAGCCAUACCUGAAACCCCACAUUUUGCAAUCCAAAAGCACACUUCAGUUAGAGGAUCUUCAUCUGUCAUUCCACAUCAUGGAGACUGUUCUAUCACCAAGGAUAAAUGCACCAUCCAUAUCAUUAAAGCUAAAGUGGAAAAUAGGAGUGAUUCUUCAGAUAGAAAUCCGACAGAUUCAAUUUCAAGUCCAGUGCCAUCUGAAUCAAGGCAACAGAGGUUCGACACUUCUUCGUAUCAACAACGGGCAGAGGCUUUGGAGGGAGUGCUUGAGUUUAGUGCACAAUUGCUGGAACAGGAGAGAUUUGAAGAGUUGGGAGUUCUGUUGAAACCAUUUGGCCCUGAGAAGGUGUCCCCAAGAGAGACAGCUAUAUGGCUAACAAAGAGUUUCAAAGAAACAACUGUUUAUUGAUUGUCUUGAUUCUGCUCUAGAGUAUUCUAAUCUUGGAGUUACCGUUCAUGCUCGACAAUAUCAAUCAUAUGAGGUAAGAUAUGAUCACCAAAACCUAUUCAGAAUCCAAAAUUGUGAUGAUGAUCACAUUCAUUUCUAACUAUAUCAGUUGAUAAUAGCAUGCUCUAUAUCAUUAAGUUAAUUUAGAAAACGAUGAACUCAACAAGAUACUAACAAUUAAAUCAUAAGCAUGACAUUUUACUAGUUGGACCAAAAAAGAAAACAAAGAAACAUUUUUUGUUUUGUUUUGUUCUUGGAACAAAGAACAAAUCAAACAGUCAUCAUCAUUCUCACAAAUUCUUCAUAAUUGACUUGUCCAUCUCCAUCCAAGUCUGCCUCCUUGAUCAUCUUCUCCACCUCCUCAUCAGUCAACUUCUCCCCCAGGUUGAUCAUCACAUUCCUCAACUGCACCACACCACCAGAUGCAAGUCAAACAUAUCAUUUUUCUGAUCAUGUUCUUCUCAAAAACUAAAAUUUCACACUGAAGCAAACUCACCUCAGUGGCCGAGAUGAACCCAUUCUGAUCCUUGUCGAACACCUUGAAGGCCUCCUUCAGCUCUUCCUCCACAUUGGUCUCCUGCAACAAACCAAAAAAGCUUCAACUUUUUCUCCUGCUGCACAGCAAAAACCAUGCAAGAGGACAUUCUACCUUCACUUUUCGGGACAUCAGGUUGAGGAACUCCCCAAACUCAAUGCUCCCGUUUCCGUCCGCAUCAACUUCCUGAACCAUCUCCUGCAGCUCCUCCUCGCUCGGGUUCUGCCCCAGUGACUUGAUCACGGUGCCGAGCUCCUCCGGCGUUAUGCAGCCUGAGCAGAGUCUGCCCUCGCUUCACAUAAGAAAGCACAAAGGGCGAAACUUGAAAGAAGAAGAAGAAGAAGAAAGGAGAAGCAGACCAUCUCCGUCCUUGUCGAAGAGGCAGAAAGCCUCGUGGAACUCGGUGACUUGCUCCUCCGAGAGAAGAUCCAUCAAUGCAGCAGCGAAGGGAUGAGUAGAGUCGUGGGCACAUCGGGCGGCGCUUUAUAGGCGGAGGCCUGGAGCAAGAGAGGCAGAGGGAGGUGGAAGCGAUGCAAUGCUGGUUCGAUCGAUCGAUUUGUUGGUUUGCUGUGAGUUGGGGACAAGUUCGCCAUUGUUUAGGGAUUUUCCUCGUUCACGUCCAACUGGGAACAGCUGGAGGUUGGAGACAGAGAGGACAAGCAGAGCAGGGAAGGGGACCAAGAAGAGCCCUACCCAAUCUACAUCACCCUGUUAUUUAUUAUUUUUUAUAUAUUGAAAAAAAAAUAAAAGAUCAUUUUUGGGUAAAA